GCUACUUUUCACUCGAGGGAACGUCCUUGCUUUGUGUACGCUCUUCAUUCCCCUUCCGCUUCCAACACUGUCUGAAAGCCUCCAUCUGAUAUACCUCGUCAGCCUGCUGUUCCGCAACUAGACAGCGGCGUCUGGAUGCCGAGGACCAACAAAUCUAGAGCGGAGCAAGUCUUUUCAAAAGAUCAUUGGGGUUGGGGUUCAACACAUACUUCGGCCUUGCAAGCUCUCCAGUCUUUCUUCUCAUAAUAGCAAUCGUUCAUGCGCAGUUGCUCUUCUGUUUCCUUCAUCAGAUCUCUGCAUCCUUUUCUGCAGAAGACUUUAGACUCACCCGAACAGCCCGUGCUGAAGAUCCGUUGAUCCCUAUCAGUUCGAACGACGCAUCAGCCUUGACGAGCGUCAUGUCAUGAUUAACUACUAAGGACACUUACCAAUCAUCGAGUUCAUCCUCAGCGGCCUCGGCCUGAACCAAGCUGUCCUGUUUCGACAUCCUGCCACUCCUGGAGUCACUUAGAGGUGGAAGAAAGAACAGAUCUGCGUCUCGAGAUACUUCACUGGCAAAGAAGUUGUCUGACAACUGUGGUCCUACUGCGCCACUUACCCCCUCUCCACAAGAGUUUGUCCGCCACUUCCAACCAUGUCCAAGCGAAUGAACAUCCUCGUUUACUCUGGAAAUGGCAGCACCGUCGAGUCAGUCCGUCAUUGCCUCUACACACUCCGGAGGCUCCUGGCUCCUCAUUAUGCUGUCAUCCCGGUCACUGGCGACAUGCUUAUCAAAGAGCCGUGGACAGCAAGCUGUGCUGCUGUAGUAUUUCCAGGUGGCGCUGAUCAGGGCUACUGCAAGACACUCAAUGGUGAGGGCAACAGGCGUAUUCGACAGUUCGUCGAGCGAGGUGGCCUCUAUAUUGGAUUCUGCGCCGGCGGCUACUAUGGCAGUCAGAGAUGUGAAUUCGAGGUAGGAAACAGGCUUCUGGAGGUUGUUGGGGAUAGGGAGCUUGCUUUCUAUCCUGGGACGGCUCGAGGAUGCGCAUUCUCCGGCUUUGUUUACCAUAGUGAAAAGGGGGCGCGUGCCACCGAGUUGAAAGUGGACAAGACUUGUCUGCCCUCAGGAGCCGUCCCGGAUGUUUUCAAGUCCUACUACAAUGGCGGCGGCGUCUUUGUCGACGCGCCCAAGUAUAAAGACCAGGGCGUCGAAGUCCUUGCCAGCUAUACGGACCCUCUCGCCGUCGACCCUGGGGAAGGCGCGGCCGCCGUUGUCUAUUGCAAAGUCGGCCAAGGUGCAGCAUUGCUGACCGGUCCGCAUCCAGAGUUUGCUCCAGCCAACCUUGAGCCAAAGCCAGAUGCUCCUGGAUUCGCCGACGUCAUCAGAACUCUGGCCGAAGACGAGAAACACAGAAUGGAUUUCAUCAAAGCGUGCCUGACGAAACUUGGUCUCACAGUGAGCGGGGAGCAAAAUGUACCCUCCCUCUCCUACAUGCAUCUUUCUUCAUCCGACCCCACAGACACCGCGGGUAUCAUAUCGUCCUUGGGCCAUCUCGUCGAAGGGGAUGAACAUGGUAACGAGUUUCUCAAGGAUGAAAAUGAUACCUUCCAGAUUUUGAAACCAUCCGUCUGGAAAAUGGUUGAUUUGGCCAAAGCUUUAUCCUCGGAACCCGAGUCAAAGGAAUCUGCUGACCAAACCGAUGGCAGCUCCGACCGCAUAGUCGACUAUAACACCGUGACCAAGAAGAUCAUUGUGCAUGAUGACGACUAUCCUCAGCCAAGAUCAACUCCGUAUUUCAACCACUCUGCUUUCUACUCAAAUCUGCAUAAAUACCAAUCCCAAACACCUGGUGCCGUGAAUUUCGGCGCUCAUCUGCUAUACGGCGAAGUGGUCACGUCGACUAAUACAUUGCUUGAGAAAAACACAAAGCUUCUUCGAGUUCUUCCCCAGGGAUUUACGGCAACAGCGACCGUUCAAGUUGCAGGCCGAGGCAGAGGAUCCAAUGUCUGGGUAUCACCGGCAGGAAGUUUAAUGUUCAGUACGGUCAUUCGGCAUCCAAUGGCGCAGAUGCAGUCUGCUCCAGUCGUCUUUGUCCAGUACCUGGCUGCAAUGGCCAUUGUCAACGGCAUAAAAUCCUAUGACGGCUCACUCUACAAGGACAUGCCAGUCAAACUCAAGUGGCCAAACGAUAUUUUUGCUCUCGACCCAGCAAAGGCAAAAGAUAAUGGCGGUGAUAGGAACGACAAUUACACCAAAAUCGGAGGCAUCCUGGUCAACAGUCACUACAACAGCAAAGAGUACAUCGCCGUUUGUGGGAUUGGCCUGAACACUGCGAACGCCGCGCCAACAACGUCGUUAAAUCAACUCAUUCAAUUCCUUCCGCACAAGGUGGCUCCAUUUACGCUGGAAAAAUUGCUGGCCAGAAUAUUGACUGUGUUUGACGACUUAUAUGCCCGCUUUUUAGUGACCGGCUUUGACGAGGUUAUGGAGCAAAUGUACUACCGACAUUGGCUUCACAUGGAUCAGAUCGUUACUCUUGAAGCCGAAGGUGGUCAACGCGCAAGGAUCAAGGGUAUCACCAGGGAUUAUGGGCUGUUGAUUGCGGAAGAACUUGGAUGGGAAGACCGUGAGACCGGCAGGAGAUGGACAUUGCAAAGUGAUGCGAAUAGCUUUGACUUUUUCAAAGGUUUAGUAAAGAGGAAGGCUUGAUGUACUCUCCAGAAGAAUCAGCAUGAUACCAGUCCUGCAUUCGGCCACCAUAGCGGGAGCACCUCUUUACCCGAUGGGACGGUGUCGAUGGGAACAGGGAUUUGGCAUAUAAGAAACAGAUUCACCCCUCCGGCCUGAGUGAGUGAAGGACACCACGGUCUCACUACCGAGUCAGCGAUCUCAUGUCAUGCUCCGCGCGCCAACUGUGCCGUUACUGCUUUAUAUACUCGCGACCCAGCAGUUUUGACCCCAGGGAGCGCUACCGAAUGUUCAUAAUGACCUAAAAGAAUCCUUGAUGAGGCAUGCUGAGUGCGCCGAACGAGAAUGGCGAAGGCGGGUAGACUUGGGCAUGAGCAGGUACAGAUAUGAUCAUGGGGCAUUCCCCCUGGGUUUCCCUUCGGGUGGGACGCGAGACUCCAGCUUCUGCGGGACCACGACAGUCCAUUUGGUGUAGAUUGAGUGCAGCGCCUGUGGUGUCUAUGCCUCUCCUUCCCUCGUCCACUCCUCGCUCGCUCACUCGCUCUCUUACAUUGUGAAAUGGAUUGAAGAUCCGUUUGGUAUUUGUGGCCGAGCCCAAGCGUGUGAUACAGAAAGAGAACCGCCUUCCCUGCUCAACGUACCUCAGACACGGCGGUACUGCUCCAAAGGACACCGUUCUCAACAUGACCACCUACGUUCCCACAGGAAGUUCUAUCGAUCCCAUCCUCACCGCCUCGAUAUACUGAAGCCGUUCGGAAACAAACGGCCCGUCGAUAGGAACAAUCACCCGCACUGCCGGAUUACGCCUUAACCGGGUACUUGACGUCCUCGCCGGCCCAGACGCCGCCGUCCCUGUUGGCCUUGAUCCGCAGGCGCCGCACGCGCUUGAUGUCCUCUUCGUUCUCGUGCGUGAGAUACCAGGUCCACACGUUGGCGAUCCAGCUUGCGCCAAUGGCGCCCGCGCAGACGCCAAAGGAGGUCUUGUACCCGUUGUGAGCGAAGCGGGAUUGGAACAGCUGCGGGCCCACGACGCCGCCGACCUGGCCGAUGCAGGAUUGGAACGCCAGCGUGAAGGCAGUGCCUGUCGUGCCUACCAGGCUUGCGGAUCGCCCUGGUUGAUCAUGCGGUCAGCGAGUGGUUACUUUUCUCUACUGUUGGGGAGAGAAGGGGAGAGAGAUGCGGAGAGGAGGCGGAGCUUUAUUUGACGGAAUCGUGAAUUGGGAGGGGGAAACUUACAAGCCCAGAAUGGAAUGAAGUAGACCGAAUAGAACGUGGUCCCGAAUAUGCAUGCGAUGUACGUCGCAUACCGGUUCACAUCGAAGCAUAGGACGAGGAAAAAGGCCAGUGCCGCGGCGCAGAUGAUCAUGAUCAGCUGCGGCCGCGUUAUGUAUGCUUUGCUCAGGAACCAUCCGGCGAAGAUGAUCGACAAGACCGUUGCGGCGGCCGGGGGGAUGUUGAGCAGUUGGUUCCUGGGCAGACCGGCAAAGCCUAGACUCGUCG